CGGCAUUACACAACUACAACAUGGACCCAUCACAACAAGCGAAUGUCACCCAGCCUCUUCCACCAGCUUAUCCAGGGCCACCAAACUAUGGUACUAAACAGACUGGAGUGGUUUAUCCCCAACAGCCCGGCUUUCAAGGACAGGCAGGAGUUACAACAAUUAUUCAUACGCAACCAACUCAUAUUGUGAUGGGGAUGAGAUUUUUCGAAGACCCGACUGCAAUGACAUGUCCUUACUGCCAAGCUAGUAUUGUUACAGGCACCACUUACGUUUCGGGGACACUAACCUGGAUUGCUUGUGGCGGUGUCGCACUUAUGGGUGGUUGGCUUGGAUGUUGCCUGAUUCCAUUUUGUAUUGAUGCUCUCAAGGAUGUUAUCCAUUCCUGUCCUAACUGCAACCGUCAAGUGGGUGUCUACCGCCGAGUGUAGCAGGACACCCAACCAGUAGAUGCAUGACACCUGGGUUAUGCUGUGGGGUUGUAAAUUGUUAUUUAACUCCUAUACCCUAAGCAAGUUUCUUGUUCUGCUUUGUGUAAUUAUCAAUCAAAACUAUAAUCAUGCAAUAUUCUCACAUGUGAUUGGUUAUCAGUAGCACAAUUUUUAGCAGUAAUAGGACAGAGUAUAUAUCAUGAUUGUAAUUAGAUAGCAUGAUGGCUAUAGAACAUAUAUUGCAUCUUGCUAGUCGUGCCUUUUCAUUUUAUAGUAAUUGCAUCAGCUGAUGUGUUUCUACUUAUGACUGAAUGUCACUGACAAGUGUUUUUUUCUCAAAUUUUGUCAGUUUUGAUAAACUGGUAAAAGUAGAAUUUGUACAAUGUGAUUAGAUGUACUGGACUCAGUAGGGUGUCUUGGGCUAGUAACAGAUCCAGUUGUUCAAAGCUGGGUUAAGGUGAUCCAGUGUUAGUGUAGAAUUUAAUUUUAGAUCUGAGAGCUUUAAAAGAAAAUUGAGCAUACUAGCAAUUCUUUUUGUCUUUAAUUUUAUAAUUGGAUGCUCUAAAAAGAAUAGAGGAAAAUAACCCAAAAAGGCUUUUGAACAAAGGAAUAAAGAAACCUGGAUUAAAAGUUAACCCUGCAUUAGUGCUCAUCGGCCUUCAAACUACUGGGUCUUGGUGAAUAGUAAUUCUAUCUGUAAAAAUACUGAGCCCAGUUUUUCAAUGAGCAGAUAAUGUUAUUUAAUAGGGGCCUUGCUAUCUGGUAGUUAAAUGCCAACACAACAUAUUGCGCUAACAAUGAGAUAGAGAUUUUAACCAGUAGAUAGUGUUAUCCACCCUUCAAACAAGCUUGGCCCUGGUUACUGACAAAAGGAGACUCCCUUUCUUCUUUCAAAUUAAUUGUAUGAUCACGGACUGAAUCAAACUGUACUAUAUCUAAUUACUGUUAUUGACUUAAGACAUUCUUCUUUGUGUACACCAACACACCAUAAAAUUGAAAAUGGGAAAAUUAUUUCUCAUGAUACAUUGCUACCUUAUUUCAAUUACUUGAAUUGUUCAAUUUUGUUUUUUUCACUGGUGUGUUAAUACUAGGGACAGUGGUAAAUUUCAAGUUAAAGAGAAAAAUUGAUCUCAAAUUUUUAUUUAAUAUUUAUCUUAUCAAGAAUAUAUCUUUUGAUAUAAUGAAGGUUGUAUGACAAAAUCAAAUUACUUUUUCAAGCUUUUAGUUUUGUUUGUUACUCUUAAACUUCUAAACUUCUGUAUGUUCAUUACUGUGGAAAUUAAUAUGCCAUUUUGCUCAUUGCGUAUAUGGUCUGCAAGUUUUUUUUAGUUCUAAUGCUGUUUAACAUUGUUUGAAGGGUUUAGGGGAUUUGCAUUUAUAGUGUUCUCGCUAUUUUGCCGAGUCUGAAGAAAUUUUUAAACUGGUAAAGCAAUCCUUUUACCUGCUGAAUUUUCAAGAAUUCCAGGCAAUUUCAGGCAAUGAUAGGAGGUACUACAGGCGGUACUUUUUUAUUGGUUACUGCCUGAAAAUAAGAACACUGCAUUGAACACACAAUGUCUACACUCUUUUUGCCUUAUAAAACUUUCCGUUACUUUCCUUUAACUGCUUUAGGACUAUUUCAAUGUUCUAGUUUACUGUAUAUUUUUUUUUGUGCUUGUUCUUGACAUAGAUUGUAAGAAGGUCAAGGUAAUAAUGAGAGAGAAAACAGUUAUAUUCGACUCCCAUUA